AUAUAUGUUUGCAUAGUGAAUAGGCAAUGGCAUGCCAGGUUGCUAUAAAUACCCAUGUCAUCCAUCACUUUUUACUAUCCUUCAUUGAGUUCCUCCUAAAUACUUAAUUGCUCAAAAUGGUUGGCAUGUGGUCUUUAAUAAACCAGUUUGGCCAAGACAAAACAUCUUGGACUGUCAAAGUAAGAGCGGUUCGGGUAUAUGCAACCCCAGCCUAUGGGAUUCAUGGUGAAUCCUUGCACUGCAUUUUCCAUGACUCCGAGGGAACAAAAAUACAUGCACACAUUGUGAAAGCCCAGGUUCCAAAGUUUGAGCCAUUGUUCAAGGAAGGAAAAGUGUAUGCAAUUAGAAAUUUCCUGGUCCAAGACAACUAUAUGAAUUUCAAGACAACGAGGAAUGCUUAUAAGUUGUUGUUCCUCAAUAAAACUGAAGCAUUUGAGAUUUCAAAAAUCAAUUUCCCAAUGAGGAUGUUUGACUUUACAUCAAUUGCUGCCUUGCAAGCCGCCGAAGAGGUUGAUGACAGCCACGCGAUAGAUGUCAUCGGCAAGGUAACAUCAAUGUCACACCCUAAGGCACUAACAAAGCUCGGUAGGCAAACUCAGUUGGUGGAUCUCACCCUUGGUGAUGCUCAUGGGAAUACGAUUACUUGCACUUUAUGGGAGGACUUGGUGGACCAGUUGAUAGAUUUUCUGAAAACAAAACCUAAAAAGAUCUUUCUAAUUCUUCAACUAUGCCGUGCAAGGAAAUUUCAGGGUCGUGUGGGUGUAACAAACAUGUUCAACAUGUCAAAGAUGCUGCUGAACAGUGACAGAAAGGAGAGUGUGGAGUUUAUAGCGUCGUUUGGGCCUGAUAAUGAUGAUGAUGGGGAUGAUCUAGCCUUGGGCAGUUUUGUUACUCCUACCCUUCAAGAUGAUCUAGAAAGCGGUGAAGUUAACUUGGUUUCUGUUGAUGAUCUAAUGAAAAUGAAAGAGGAUGGCAAGCAUUGGGUCUGUGGAGAGAUAUUGGCAAUAGACAGUUACCGAGAUUGGUACUAUAUUUCUUGCAAGGGGUGUAGUAGAAAAGUGAAAUCUGAAGGUGAUAGUUUCAGGUGUGGAGCGUGCAACACUACAGAAGUUGUUCUGAGGUACAAGGUCAAUGUGAGGGUGAUGGAUGAAACCGGUCAUGCUUCCUUUGUAUUUUGGGACAAAGAAUGCACUGCUUUGGUAGGAAAGACAGCAAAUACUCUUCGUGAAGAGAUUGAAAAGAAAGGUGCUGGACUUUACUAUUUUCCAGUUGAAAUUGAUGCAUUGGUUGGAAUUGAGGGGUUGUUUCGAGUUCAAACAAAGAGUGAAACUAUAAGCUACAGGGGUGUGCCAACGUUUAGUGUAAUUGGGAUGAAUUGUGAUCCUG